AAACAAACAAACAAACAAACAAAAAUUGCAUUUAGCAAAUUAAUAUAAAAAAUGUCUUCAAAUCAAAUUUAGCAAGAUAGAUAAGUUGAGCACUCUCAUAUGCAAAGCUAAUAUUAAAGAAGCAACUAAGUUCCCACCCAUUCUUAGGUAGUUUAAAAUAAUGUUGGAAGUUCUUAGGAUGAAUAUUCAUUUGAACUGGAAAUUAAUUAACCAGAUAAUGGCCCAUAAAGAUAAGUUCCACAUUUCAAAAUGAAAUAAACAAAAACUCCACCAGCCUAUAUAGCACAUUAAAAAUAAAAAGAUAAUAAUAUUCCAAAUAUGAUGAAGGAUAUGAAAAAAUACUUGUAAUUUAUUAAUAACACAGAUUGGAUGUUCUAAAAUGAUUAAAAUCCUGUUGAGAAUUAUUUUAAGAAUUGA